AUUCCUCUCUCUUCAUCCCUUGCUUCAAUAUCCAUUCCUUGAUAUCCCUAGCUCAUAUCAAUCUGAUUCUAUUUCAAUUUUCGCCAUCUCUUAGUUCUUCUUCCUUCUAUUUUAAUUUCUAGGAAAUUAAAUAAAUAUGGAGAACACUUUGGUGCCUAAGAGGCCUAGAGAAGAAGCCCAAUUGGAAAAAGAUUUAGACUUUGAAGAGUAUUCAAAGAGGCACAAGCCAUACAACCACAUAAUCUCCCUUCUUGAUUCAGAUUCAGAGGAAGAGAAUUCUACAGAAGAUCUCUCUCCUUUGAUGACAACCCUCCAGCAAGAAAUUACAUGUCCUUCUGAUAGCCUAGAUGCUCUUUUGAUGGGCCCAGCUCAAGAAAAAGCCCAAGAAAAUCUUACUAGUUUAGAGAACAGUUUAACCUCUACUCAUGUGUUGAAGGCAGAGGAGGAUGAGAAGGAUAAGGUGAUGAGACAUCUUCUUGAAGCUUCUGAUGAUGAACUUGGGAUUCCAAACAGAGGGGAUGAAGCAGGAUGGUUGGGUUUUGGGGAAGAAUUAGGAUUAAUUAACAGUAGUGGAGAUGAGUUUUCUUCUUUGUGUGAUAAAUUAUGGGAGAUUGAAGAUGAGAGAGCUAACUACUAUGCUCUGUUGCAGUCUGAAAUCUUCCUGUGGGGGCAAUAGGAAGUGAAUAUUCUCGUGUGUGUUUGGCUCGGCGUUAGUAGAAUUGGAUCUGGCCAGAAUUGGAUCUGAUAUGAAUUGGAUCUGGUAAACAUGAGUUUGAGUGACGUGAUUUAUGUUUGGAUACAUUUAUCAGGAAUUGGAUCUGAUAGACUUGAAUUGGAUCUGUAAAAGGGAAAGGGGACAAUUGGAUCAAUAUUGAUGCUGAAGCAACAAAUUGUUGUGUUAGGAUGGAUCCAAUUCUGGGGCCAGAAUUGGAUCAUCAACAUUUAACAUCCAAACAUCAAUGGAGAUGGAAAAAUCACGUUUGAGGUCUUUAAACGUGGAUCAGGCCUGAUCCAACGUGCAUCCAAACACACCCCUCUUCUCAGUAGGUGAAAUCCAAGAGGAGAUAAAGAACUGAAGGUGGUAGAUAGUAACAUAGAAAGAUGGUGGCAAUUAAUUUGUUUUCUUUUUUGGUACUUUGAGUUAGUUAAUAGUAAUACAUUUGUAAUAUCUUUUAAUAAUUUUUCAAAAGGAGAACACACCUCAGCGCUCA